AUUCAAGAAGGCGGUGCCUCAGUCCAGUGUAGUGUCCGGAUUUGGAACAACCAUUUCAAGAAAAAGCCAACGAAAGCUAUUUAUCAUUUGACUGAAAUGCACUGAGUUGCAGCCUGCCGCUUUUUAUUUUGCGUUUUUCUGUCCUCCGAAAAUUGACCCUGUAGUUGGAACUUUGAUUGGUUUGUCUAGGGAUUCACCAUGCGGAGAACAAGUUUAAGGGCACGGGCCAAAGCUUCUGAAGAUGUUGAUACUCCGCCACCUAAACGCGCAACACGGAGGGGGCGUCGCAAGAAGUCUGAAUCUUCUUCGGAUGAAGAAUCAGAGGAAGAAGUCAUGCCUACACCAAAAUCGAGGAGAGCAAUUGUUGAACCUGAAGAAAGACCUGUUCCCACUACUCCUGCUGCAAGCCGCACUCGCCGAUCCUCCCGAAGAGUUGAUGUGCCCGUGGAAGAGACCAAACCAGCAGAGACUGUAGAUUUAGAAGCAGACAACAACGCAGACAGAGACUCCAAUGGUUCAAAUGAAACUGAAGCAGAUUCAAGUACUGUAUGGAAAGUUCAAAACUCCAAUGGAUCAGGCACUGGUAUAGCCAAGUUGAAGUUGUGUCGCUCAGGACCUGUGGAGCCAGAAAUAGCUUCACCCCGUAAAAGAAGAGGAGUCAGGGAACCUGAGAUGCACACGAUUGUUGAGGUGGAAGGAAAUGUUGCUCAGCAGCUAGCAGCUGUUGCGCAGCCAAGUCCGACGCCUGAGCCGGAUUCCUCUGGUUUAACUGGCAAAGCACGAGCCGCGAGGCGUUUAGAGCAGGUAUCAAAGGAAAGCUCAUCAUCUUCAUCGUCUUCCUCCUCCUCCUCCACAUCUUCUUCAUCUUCAUCUGAGAAGUCACGAUCAUCAACCCCUGAUAAAGCUGAAGAAGAAGAGGAGGAAGCCAAAGAGGAGGAUGAUGAAAUCCAAGUUAUUAAAGAAGAUUCUGCGUCAGUUCCAUCCAAAUCUUCUGAAGAAAAUGAAGACUCAUCUUCUCGUGAUGGCUUAGAAGUUAUUGAGAAUGUGGCUGGCACCAAAACCAACAAGGGAGACAAGGUAGUUGUUAAAGUUAAAACAGUUGUGCCACCUGGAAAAGCAGAAGAGACCGAGAAAGCUAAUGCUGCCGCUAAGGCUGCAGAAGCUCAGGCUAAAGCAGCGGCCGAAGCCAAGGCUAAAGCUGCGGCCGAAGCCAAAGCCGCCGCUGAGGCCAAGGCUAAAGCAGCUGCAGAAGCGAAGGCUAAAGCUGCUGCAGAAGCGAAGGCUAAAGCCGCCGCCGAAGCCAAGGCAGCUGCCGAAGCCAAGGCCGCGCAAGAAGCCAAGGCCGCCGCAGAAGCCAAAGCGAAAGCAAUCGCAGAGGCCAAGGCCGCCCAAGAGGCGAAAGCAAAAGCAAUUGCUGAGGCCAAAGCCGCCGCAGAAGCCAAAGCCGCCGCAGAGGCCAAGGCUAAAGCAUUAGCAGAAGCCAAGGCCGCCGCAGAAGCCAAGGCCGCCGCAGAAGCCAAGGCCGCCGCAGAAGCCAAGGCCGCCGCAGAAGCCAAGGCUAAGGCAGAAGCCAAGGCCGCUGAAGAAGCCAAAGCCAAGGCAGCUGCAGAAGCCAAGGCCAAAGCAGUAGCAGAAGCCAAGGCCAGGGCCGCCGAAGAAGCCAAGGCCAAGGCCGCCGAAGAAGCCAAGACCAGGGCCGCCGAAGAGGCCAAGGCCAAGGCCGCCGAAGAGGCCAAGGCCAAGGCCGCCGAAGAGGCCAAGGCCAAGGCCGCCGAAGAGGCCAAGGCCAAGGCCGCCGAAGAGGCCAAGGCCAAAGCAGCAGCAGAAGCCAAGGCCAAAGCAGCAGCAGAAGCCAAGGUGAAGGCCGCCGAAGAGGCCAAGGCAGCAGCAGAGGCCAAGGCCGCUGAAGAAGCCAAAGCAGCCGCAGAUGCCAAGGCUAAGGCAGCUGCAGAAGCCAAGGCUAAGGCAGCUGCAGAAGCCAAGGCUAAAGCCCUGGAAGAAGCCAAGGCCAAGGCCGCUGAAGAAGCCAAAGCCAAGGCCGCUGCUGACGCGAAGGCUGCCGCAGAGGUGAAGGCCAAAGCAGAUGCCAAAGCUGCUGCUGACGCCGAGGUUGCUGCCAAAGUUCAAGCUCAGGCCAAACUUGACGCAGCAGCCAAAGCUGCAAAGGUAUCCGAAGAAGCGGUUACACCCACUGAAGCCAAUGCUGACGAAAGUGACGAUGAAAAGGAAUCCGCUGCUGCACCCGUACAAGUGCCUGAGGAGGAGGACCAGUCUGACGACGAGCCCGUGAUGGACCUUGCUCCAGGGUCACCUGUGGAACAUGAUACUGAGAUGGCUGAAGCUGAAGCUGUAGAAGCGAGAGAGGUGGAAAAAGCUCGUGGGAGGAGACGUACUCAUCGCUCAGCAAGCAGUAGUUCAUCUUCAGACCGUAGUUCAAGUUCAGACUCGGAUUCUGAAAGUAACUUAAAACGAAAGAAGACCAGGCAUUCUAGUAAUGAACGUGAUACAGUUCCUAAGAAAAUUGUUCGUGGUCUUGCUCCAAAGCAGGAAGACACUCAAGUUGUUAAGGAACUUGUUAAGACAGAACCUGUUAAGGACGAGACGCCUGCACCACCCACACGGUUGCGCAGAAAGCUUCCUAGUACGUCUGAGCUGGCUGAAAAAGUUUCUCUCAGAAGAACUAUCUCUGCACCUAGUGAGGACCAGACAAAAUCUGAAGAUGGAACGGCAUCAGAAAAUCCAGCAUCUUCUGAUGCUACUGUAGAUGAAAAUAAGGAGAAUUCAAGCAGUGUUCCAAGCCCAGAGGAAGACAUCAAACCUUCUGAACAGCCAGUAGCACGCAAGCGAAGGUGGGGUUCAUGCAAGAGUAUUAAGAAGCCUGUGUUAUGUAUAUCAUCAGAUCCUUUAAAGAAUCUUAUUCCUGAUGCUAAACCAGUUGCUGAGAGUGAGGUUCAUUUAAAUCUUGAAGAAGAGGGAGAAGUGUUUGACGAGGAUGAACGAUCAUCGAAUUUGGAGAGAGGGAGAGAAAGAAUUGUAGUUGACCGGCCUCUUCCUCCACCAGGUGCUUCCUUGCCUGAAACUACUCGCAUAGUUGUUAAUUCGUCAUUAGAAGCUGAAGAGAAAAAAAUUGAACGAAAGAUUUCUGUGUCCAACGAAGGCUCUAGAGCCACUAGUACAAAAUCGCCUACCCCAUUAAAACAAAGAAUUUCCACUGUCCUUUACAUAACAAAUUUGGUGAGACCCUUCACUGUGGGCCAACUGAGGGAACUUCUCUCUAGAACUGGAAAAUUUGCUGAAGGAGGAUUUUGGAUUAAUAGCAUUAAGUCACAAUGUUACAUUGAGUAUGAAAAUGAGGAUCAGGCUGUAGAAACUAGGCAUGCCUUGCAUGGGGUGCAUUGGCCUAUUUCCAACCGCAAAGCACUUCAUGUAGAAUUUGCCAAGAAAGAGGAUAUGAUAAAAGCGCAGUCUGAAGCAGAAGGUGAACCCAUUGUUAUCAGAAAGUCUGUUCUGCCCAGUGACACUCAUCACAGAGAUGUCAAAGAUCUUGAUGAGAAAAUUAUAAAGGUGGCUCAGCCUGUGCGUGAAUGGGACCUCGGCAAGGUGGCGGACGCGGCGGACGCGAGGGAGGGCGGUCUCGACGACAGAAAGAAGAGGGAGGACGAUCGGCGAGUGAGACGAGACAAGCGGUCGGUGUCGCCAUCUCAUGACGGCCCAGCCCGCAAGGCGAAGAGAACUGAAGAAGCAGCCCCUGCUAAGUUACUGGAUGACCUGUUCCGGAAAACAAAAACCACGCCUUGUAUCUACUGGCUGCCGCUCACGCCUGAACAGAUUGCCGAGAAGGAGGAGAUGCGUCGGAAGCAUAUGGCGGAGCACGAGAGGCUGCGGGCUGAGAUGAGGAGGGCCCAUGAGAGAAACACGCAACGGGGCCCGGGCCGAGACCAAGGCCGGGAUCAAGGCAGAGACCAAGGCAGAGACCAAGGCCGCGACCAAGGCCGCGAUAGAGACCGCGAGAGAGAGAGAGAAAGAGACCGAGACCGCGAACGUGAGCGAGACAGGGACCGCAAGGACAAACGUCGUGGUAGCAAAGACAAAUAGACGACUGCAUUAUGGCAUAACUGCAUUUGCACUGCAAUGAAGGAGAAGAAGCGUCUCGACACUCCGACUCCUGAAAUCUUUGAGGAAAUGCUUCCAGGAUGCAUCCUGACCCUGGGGCUGUCCCGUCUUGAAUUUGGCUGCCCUGCCCAUCAGGAAAUGGUCGGUUUCAGUUUCUCCUCUGUCCCAGACUCCCUUCUCCUUUGCGUCGGGUUCUCAUGGUGUAAUUGCCCUUUUUUUUCUGUAAAUUUUCCCCACCUUUUCUUAACUUUGGUUCCAAAUAUUUUUUUGGGCCCUGUUUAUUUUGUUUCUCCCCAGUUUUUUUUCUUUUUCUAAAUUUCUUUUUGUAAAUUCUCAAGAUUUUGCAUGUUAGGUGUCCUUCUUUGGGGGGGAGGGGGCACAACAUAGAAGUUUUUGUUUACUUUUUCAUUAAUUGUUAGUUCUGUUACUUCCAGUGGUUUUUAAUUCCCCUGGCCAUGAUAAAAUGUGGCUCCUUUGUAAAUGUUCUGCUCCACAGAUUGGGGUGGUUCGAGUUCCUGUUAGAAUGAAUUAUGAAUGAGCUCUAUGGACAGGUUGUGUAGCGUGUUUGUCCUUAGUACAGCCAUAUCUGGGAUUGUCAUCCUGCACCCAUUUGUAGGUGUAUGGCACUACUUUGAUGCAUAUCUUGAGUGUGCAAGUUUAUGCAUUAAUUGGUAUGUGAGUGAUGCGCAGCUUUUGUGCACAGUGUGUGUCAGUGAAUGCAUGCGUAUGAAUGUGUUUCGCUCCUGUCCCCUUUUGGCAAUUCUUUCCCCUCCCUGUGUUCCUUUUUCAGGUUUCCAGUAAGUUUGUUUCAGGUUUUCAGAGAAUGAUAUCUGAUUCUUUUAUCAUCCUCUCAUGCAGCAAGGCAUUCAAGCACAACAUUUGAAGAUCGUCGUCAUCUUUUGGAAACCAACUGUUCUGAAACUCCUGAAGGCACCACUCAUCAAGUACUUGUACAUCUGCAUUGACUUCCAUUGUUGAAUCAUCUGUCAACAUCUACAGCUCUGCUGCUUGUCCAGAUGUUACCUUGUACAUAGCACCAAAGGAGUUAAAUGAGCUGUCUGAUUUGUGUUCAAGAUAAAGCUAUGUGGCAAAAUGCAUAAGGCAAAAUGAAUUGACUUGCUUGCCCGCGUUUGCGCCUUUUCACUGAAAUGAACUUGGUGUUUUUCCAUAUUUCACCAUACACCAAUACUUUGUUAGCACUUGUGAUGUGAAAUGUUUAAUUUUUUUUUACUGAACCAAGUUGUGUCUUGUCUGUACACACUACAUGUUUUUAGCCAAGAAUUAUUAAAUUGUUUUAAACUGA